AUGAAAAAAAUCAAGUGUCAUGCAGUGAUUGAAUUUUUAUUUUUGGAAGGUUUAAAAACAAAGAAAAUUUAUGAACGAAUGUUGAAAGUGUAUAAGAACUCUUCGCAUUCAAUUAGUACAAUAGAAAGGUGGGUUGCAUUUAAAUGUGGUCGGACAAGUCUUGAAGACGAUCUUCGUCAAGGUCGUCCAAAAACAGCAACAACACCAGAAAUUGUAGAAAAAAUUCAGGAUAUUGUACUGGAAAAUCGUCAAGUGACUGAAGACAAUUUAUUAAAAGCUCUAGGCAUCUCAUUGGGCAGUGUAAGCAAUAUUUUGGCUGAAGAAUUGGGUUUCAGAAAGCUGUGCACACAAUGGGUGCUGCAUUCGCUAACAAUAGAACAAAAACACAUUCGAAUGCGAUUUUCUCACAGCAUUUAG